AUGAGUGGUCAGUUGGCUCCUGGCCCCCUGAGCACAGCUGCCUGGCCAGCUUCUAACCAGCUCAUCAGCAGUUCCCCCGGCAUGCCCCCUGCAGCCAGCAAUGUCUCCCUGAGCCUUAGGGUCCCCAGCGUGCCCAUCUCUGUGCUGCGCUGGCUCUUUCUUCCCUCAGGCCUGCUGGCUGCAGCCACACUGGCUUUGAGCCCCCUGCUGCUGGUGACCAUCCUGCGGACCCACAGGCUGCGCCAAGUGCCCCACUACCUGCUGCUGGCCAACAUUCUGCUCUCGGAUCUGGCCUACAUCGCCUUCCACAUGCUCAUCUCCUCCAGCAGCCUGGGCGGCUGGGCGCUGGGCCGUAUUGCCUGCGGUAUUCUCAGAGACGCCGCCAUGGCCACGUACAACAGCACCAUCCUGUCCCUCACUGCCACUGUGCUGCACACCUACCUGGCGGUGGCUCAUCCUCUGCGCUACCUCUCCUAUAUGUCCUUCGAGGCUGCCCGGAAGACUGUGGCCCUCAUCUGGCUGGUGGCCUGCCUCUUCCCCACGUUUCUCAUUUGGCUCAGCAAGCGGCAGGAUGCCAGUUUGGAGGAGCAAGGGGCCUCGUGCAUCCUGCUGCUGAGACCGGGCACUCAGCAAGGUGGAGGCCCCCUGGUCACUGUCACCCACAGCUGCAUCUUGUGCCUUCUCUUUCUGUGUAUCGCUCUCAUUACCUACUGCUUCUGGAGGAUUUAUGCAGAAGCCAGGAUCUCAGGUAUCUGGAUACAGGGCUAUUCCAGGGCAAGAGGCACUCUGUUCAUCCACACAGCAUUGAUUAUAUUGUAUGUUAGUCCAGUGAUGGUGUUUUCCCUGGACAUCAUGUUGACCAAGUACCAACACAUUGGUGCCAGAACUCACAUGUGGCUCGUGGCAGUCAACUGUGAGGUGCUUAUGAUGCUCCCGCGGGCCGUACUCCCGUACAUGUACACCCUCCGUUACAGGCAGCUACUGGGGACAGUCCAGGGCCACUUUUCAUUUAGGAGGCACAGUGACAUCUUCACCAUCUUUUAG